GGGGCGGGGGCAGCGAUGGCGACGGCCGUGGCGGGCGCGGGCGAACUACAAGUCCCAGCAGCUCCCGCUGCGGCCCUCGGCCGGCCCCUCUCGCUCCCCGGGAGCGCCUGGCGGGGCCGCUGGGCCGAGGGGGCCGCCGGCGGGGCUGGCGGGCGGGGGGCUUCCUGCGGGCCCGGGGGGCGCCGGCGGCCGGCGCGGGCGCGGCGGGCCGGGCAGGGGCGAGGGGCGCCGGAUCCUGUCCCUAAAGCAGUCAGCAGUUCCACACCUGGGAUGCGUCGCUCAGUCCUAGUCAGGAACCCAGGCCACAAGGGCCCGAGGCCUGUUUAUGAGGAGCUUGACUCUGACACAGAGGAUCUGGACCCAGUUUCUGAAGACCCAGAGCCUGACCCGGAAGACCUCAACACUGUCUCAGAAGAUGUGGACCCCAACUAUGAAGAUCUGGAACCUGUCUCAGAGGAUCUGGGUCCCGGUGCGCAAGCUCCAGGCUCCAUCCUGGGGAACCAAGAUUCGGAUCCCCAAGAUUUGGACCCCAUGUCUUCGAAUUCCGACCUCGAUCCCGAUGUUAUUGGCCCUGUACCCCUGGUUCUCGACCCUGACAGCGACCCCCUAAGCCCCGCAGCACCAGACGUGGACCCCCUUUCCUCCAGCCUCACCGCCACCCCCCAAGUCCUGGCCACCAGCCCUGAGGUGCUCCCUGCCCCAGCCAGCCCGCCCCGGCCCUUCUCCUGCCCGGAUUGCGGGCGAGCCUUCCGCCGAAGCUCCGGGCUGAGCCAGCACCGUCGCACCCACAGCGGCGAGAAGCCGUACCGCUGUCCCGACUGCGGCAAGUCCUUCAGCCACGGCGCCACGCUGGCUCAGCAUCGCGGCAUCCACACCGGAGCGCGGCCCUACCAGUGCGCUGCCUGCGGCAAAGCUUUCGGCUGGCGCUCCACGCUGCUGAAGCACCGCAGCAGCCACAGUGGUGAGAAGCCGCACCACUGCCCCGUGUGCGGCAAAGCCUUUGGCCACGGCUCGCUGCUCGCGCAGCACCUGCGCACGCAUGGCGGCCCGCGGCCGCACAAGUGCCCAGUAUGCGCCAAAGGCUUUGGGCAGGGGUCGGCGCUGCUGAAGCACCUGCGCACGCACACCGGCGAGCGCCCCUACCCGUGCCCGCAGUGCGGCAAGGCCUUCGGGCAAAGCUCAGCGCUGCUGCAGCACCAGCGCACACACACCGCAGAGCGCCCCUACCGCUGUCCCCACUGUGGCAAGGCCUUCGGGCAGAGCUCCAACUUGCAGCACCACCUGCGCAUCCACACCGGCGAGCGGCCCUACGCCUGCCCGCACUGCUCCAAGGCCUUUGGGCAGAGUUCGGCGCUGCUGCAGCACCUCCACGUGCAUUCUGGCGAGCGCCCCUACCGCUGCCAGCUGUGUGGCAAGGCCUUUGGCCAAGCCUCGAGCCUCACCAAGCACAAGCGGGUGCAUGAGGGCGCUGCAGCAGCUGCUGCCGCCGCCGCCGCCGCCGCCGCUGCUGCCGCUGCUGCUGCAGCAGCCGCAGCCGCAGCUGCUGGCCUGGGCCUUGGGCCUGGCUUGAGCCCUGCGUCCAUGAUGAGGUCUGGGCAAGUCUCCUUCCUGGGUCCUGAUGCUGUCUCUGUGCUGGGUUCUGGCUUGAGCCUCAGCCCUGGUCCCAGCUCUGGCCGCAGCCCUGACCCUGGCUCUGCUCUGAGCUCCCUCCCCAGUCCCAGCCCCCAGCCUCUCUCUGGCUCCACAUCCACCCCCAGCCCUGAUCCUGUUGAAUGUUCUGACCCUAAGCCUAGUGAUGAUGGCGACCCUGACCUUGUGCCCAGCCCUGAACCCAACCCUGAGUCUCACCCUGACCCCUGCUCUCCCAUCCGUGACACUGUCAGCCCAGCCCUCCCUGCUGGUGAGAGUCCGGAGUGGGUAAAGGAGCAAGGGGCCCUGCUGGGGCCCGAUGGCUGAAGGAGACACCCACACCCAUGGGCCUGGGGAAGUCGUGUGUUGUGCAGUUAGUAAAAUCCUCCCACUGCC